UUACUUUACGUCUGUUAUAUCUUAAGUUUUGUGGUUAAGGGAUGGCUGUAAUUGGUGAUUGAAUGUCAGUAUCAAGAAUGCGCCAUUUUGAGCUCAGGCGUCGCCGUCGUCGAUUUGGCGCUGGACGGGUGAUGUGUCCGAAAUCAGCACAGGAGAGGGCGGUUGACCUGCACUUCUUAUGUUUUGUGUGAUAAGGGGGCUUUACGAGACUUCCCGUCAACAUAUUUUAUGUCGUGAUCGCGCAGAUGGAUGACACCAGGACACCACUGAAGCUGGCGAUUUCGUCCUAGAACGGUUUUAGUUCAGUGAACGUCGGUCCUGCAGUAGGCAUCCUGUCAUGUUCAAGUCGAAGCGGAAGUCCAAGAAGCUAGAGAUCUCGGCACCGACCGACUUCCGCCAUCGCGUGCACACGGACUUUGACGAGCGGCAGAACAAAUAUGUGGGCCUGCCCCCGCAGUGGGUGUCGCUGGUGGAACGGAACGCCAAGGCGCUGGAAACCCGACCGCGCGGCGUCGUCGACCCCUCUCAUGUCACGCCCACCGACAUGAUGGACUUCAAGCCGGUGGUGCGCGGCGCCAGCAGCCCCACCCGCAACGGCGUGGCCGUGCUGCCCCGCUCCAGCAGCGUGGCGCGCAGCAACUCACUGCGCCAGCACUCGCCGCCGCUGCGGGCCACCCAGGUCAUCCAGGGCACCCGGGUCAUCCGGCACAUCCGGGUCACCCGGGUCAUCCGGGACACCCGGGUCAUCCCGGACAUCCCGGGCACCCCGGGCACCCCGGCCAUCCGGGACACCCCGCAGCAGCAGCACUUCCCGGCCAAGGGGCCGCCGCCGCACGUACCACCCAAGCCGCAGCUGCUGCCGGCCGCGCCCGCCGCCACUGAGGACCACAACCAGAACAGCGUACUCAAGCCGUCGCCGGCGGCGCGCGACAACAAGCAGCACGAGCCGCAGCGGCUGUCUCACGAGCAGUUCCGAGCGGCGCUGCAGAUGGUGGUGAGCCCUGGCGACCCGCGCAGCGACCUGCACUCGUUCGUCAAGAUCGGCGAGGGCUCCACGGGCAUCGUGUGCAUCGCCACCGAGCGAUCCUCCGGCCGCCAGGUGGCCGUCAAGAAGAUGGACCUGCAACGCCAGCAGCGGCGCGAGCUUCUCUUUAACGAGGUGGUGAUCAUGCGCGAUUAUCCGCACCCCAACAUCGUGGAGAUGUACAACUCGUUCCUGGUGGAAAACGAGCUGUGGGUGAUGAUGGAGUUCUUGGAGGGCGGCGCGCUCACCGACAUCGUCACGCACUCGCGGAUGGACGAGGUGCAGAUCGCCACCGUCUGCAAGCAGUGCCUGAAGGCGCUGGCCUACCUGCACUCGCAGGGCGUCAUCCACCGCGACAUCAAGUCGGACUCGAUCCUGCUGUCGGCCGACGGCAAGGUCAAGCUGUCCGACUUCGGCUUCUGCGCGCAAGUGUCGCAGGAGCUGCCGCGGCGCAAGUCGCUGGUGGGCACGCCCUACUGGAUGGCGCCGGAGGUUAUCUCGCGCCUGCCGUACGGGCCAGAGGUGGACAUCUGGUCACUCGGCAUCAUGGUGAUUGAGAUGGUGGACGGCGAGCCGCCGUUCUUCAACGAGCCGCCGCUGCAGGCCAUGCGUCGCAUCCGGGACAUGCCGCCGCCCAAGCUGAAGAACGCCAACAAGUCGUCGUCGGCAGUCGCCGGCCAGGUGUCGGCCCGUAUGCAGGGCUUCCUGGAGAAGAUGCUGGUGCGCGACCCGGGCGAGCGCGCCACCGCGUACGAGCUGCUGCAGCAUCCGUUCCUGACGCAGGCCAAGGGUCCCGAGGUGCUGCUGCCGCUGAUGGCGGCCGGCACGUGAGGCGGCGGCGCGCCGCAACCCACGCCGCCAGCGACGCGCCGCGACGCGACGGGUUCCGCCGGCUGCUGGGUCCCGAGCGGGGCGAGUGCGUGCACGUGAAGCGUAGUUGUUAGGACGCGUUCGUGACCUUAGCCUGCCGGGUCAUGGUGAACGUCAGCGAGUGUCUGUGCGUGCGUGUGCGAGUGUGGCUUCUGGUUUGAAUCAUUCCCAGCAGAUACUUUGCGCGGAAGCUGCACGCAACCGGUUGCCUGUAGAUACUGACAGAUCAAAGUCCAUGUGGUUCAUACCAUCAGGUAGUUGUGUGCAGCUAUAUGAUGAUUCUUCCCAAGAAUUGUGGCAACUUUCCAGACAGGAAUUGACGGAGAAUGCUGUGCAGGCUGGAAUACCAUUUAGUACUUUUUAUAUGACCACUUGGGACGAUGGAGACGGAGCGAGGAUGCUUCCCAGCUAGACCCCAGACCAUGCGCCUCGUACUUAUUACAUGGGGUUUUGUGCAGUUAACUGUGUAGUCCUCGAUCCCUGUUGCUGUAGACAUGUGCAUUGAUUUUCUUAUCGUGAUGAAGCGCGCGUCCGUACCCUUUUCGUCCUCAUCCUGAGAUAUCAGCACCGUCCGAGUCGUGCCUCGAGUAACGACAGCCGUCCGCGCGUGGGGCCUAUGUGAAGUUGUGUGAGCCGCCGUCCGGCAUCGGCCGCGCCUGGUCGCCAGGGGCGCUGGUGUCCGCACAGGGUCAGCAGCCGUUGGGUAGGACCGUAGCUUCGGCCGCGCCUGGUCGCCAGGGACGCUGGCGUCCGCACAUGGCCAGCAGCCGUUGGGCAGCGCCGUAGCUUCGGCUCGCCUGGUGGCCAGGGAACGCUGGUGUUCGCUCAGGGCCAGCAGCCGUUGGGCAGGGUCGUAGCUCGACCCGUAAUGACCCUGUGCUGGUGCGCAGACGCGUCCUUUGCUCGGCUGAGUGACCGGUGCCGACACCACCUGGCAAUGUGAGAGGUGUUCACGCAAUUCCUAGAAGCCGCCCAAUGGUGUAGUAACUGAGGCCAAGGUCUACAAAGCAUGAUAGAUGGGUGUUGUGCAUGUCUGUCCGUCCAUCCUUGUAUAUGUAUUGUUUCAUUGUUGGACAUCAUGAAUUUUUUAUUAAAUUACUUGUCAAGUUGACCAGCAGGCACAUGUACCAGAAGCCUAUGUAGGGAAAAGGCUGUAGGGUCAUUCUUCCAGCCUCGGACGUAUCUUAAUACGUAUGUUUGUGCUAUGUGAAAUAUCACCAAUCUUCCGAAUGAUUCAUGCCCCUCUAGGCACACUGGUCACGUCUGUCCAUCUACAUUCCCUCUCGGUUGUUUGUAAAUGCCAGCGACCUGACUGGGAUAAUCACUUGUACUUUGUGUAAGUGAUCAGUGUGUCAGGAGUCCAGGCCUUGCUUACAAAGGUUGAUUUUUUAAUAUAUAUGCAAAACAAAGGUUGUUUUGGUGAAAGAAAACUUAGAUGACAUAAUUGUGA